AUGCAAAUCUUUGUAAAGACUCUCACUGGCAAGACCAUCACAUUGGAAGUCGAGUCCUCUGAUUCUAUUGAAAACGUCAAGCAAAAGAUCCAGGACAAGGAAGGAAUUCCUCCGGACCAACAACGUCUCAUCUUUGCUGGCAAGCAACUUGAAGAUGGUCGCACACUUUCCGAUUACAAUAUUCAAAAGGAGUCAACCUUACAUUUGGUGCUACGUCUACGUGGUGGUAUGCAAAUCUUUGUCAAGACCCUUACUGGCAAGACCAUUACGCUCGAAGUGGAAUCGUCCGAUUCUAUUGAAAAUGUCAAGACCAAGAUUCAAGACAAGGAAGGUAUUCCUCCUGAUCAGCAACGAUUGAUUUUCGCUGGCAAGCAACUUGAAGACGGCCGUACACUCUCUGAUUACAAUAUCCAAAAAGAAUCCACGUUGCACUUGGUAUUACGCUUGCGUGGCGGUGGUGGACAAGAUCAUGAUGUGACCAUGGCCGAAGCAUCAUCAUCAUCAUCAUCCAGUACUACUACUACUACUACAAGCCAUCAUCCUGUUGCUGCUAGGAAGAAACGAUGUGCUUUUGGAACAUGCACUGAUAAGGUGAUCAAGAUUGUUGGCCAUUGUCGCUAUUGUCAGUCGCAGUUUUGUUCAAGACACCGACUCCCAGAAGCCCAUGCUUGCGAAAACUUGGUUAGUUGCAGACAAAUGGCCCAUGAACGAAAUAGCAACAAGCUGCUCAGUGAACGAUGCGUUGCAAGCAAAGUGUAA